UUCAAAGCAAUCAAGACGUAACAGGACGAUUGGACAAUCAGGUGGUACGGCUCCUGACGAGUACACGGCUCCAUAUAAUAAUAUGAGACGGAUGCUGUGGUAACCUGCGUCAUGAUUGCAAUUCUUAUAUUGGCUGUUUCAGCCGUUUUGGUGAGUGGGGAGGAAGAAAUAAUGAAGAAUCUAACAACAGUGACAUGGGCUCAUGCAGUCAACAACAAAACCUAUUUAGAAGCAGCAUUAGCAAGUGACGUGUCCAUGCUGGAAGCUGAUAUCGUGCUGGGUCACGUGACCGGGCAGGAUGGUCCUCCGAUCCCGAUCAUGGCACACCCACCGGCAACUACUUCAGACUUGUCACUCACGGACUUCCUGAUCACCGUGCACAAGUACAACAAGGCUAGUAAAGCUGACAAGCAGAAGGGCGUGAAACUCGACUUCAAGAGUAUAGAGGCCUUUGAGAAGUCACAGGAUCAAAUCGCACCGUUCAGCAAACCGGAGGUAACGUUUCCACUGUGGUUGAAUGCUGACAUCCUGCCGGGACCGAUAGAGGCGACCACGAAACCCGUGGAUCCGAUCAAGUUUAUCAAACUAUGCGGCAACCACCCCCGAGCAGUGAUGUCGGUGGGUUGGACCACCGAGUACGGGGGGAAUGUGACCGAGGGGGAGUACAGCAGGGACCAGAUUGGCUCCAUGCUCAGACUCAUGACCGAGAACCGGAUCAACCAAACUGUUACGUUCCCUGUCCGAGCGGGUCUCGCGUCAAACAGUCAGCCGGUGAUCCUGGAUUUGCUGCGAGAGACUUCGUUCCUGAACUCAUCCAUGACGGUGUGGUCCAGCGAGAGCGACCACGUGGAGGUGGACCGUCUGCGAGCACUGAUCCUGACCGUGGGGCUGGAGAGGACGUACCUUGAUGUUCCGCACGAACUAGCCGCCAAACUCCGCUUGCCCCCACCUGACGCGAAGGCCAAGCAUUGAGUGUUGUAAUUAAAUUGUUUUUUUUU